AUGCCACCGAGAAAUGGCAAAGCUCGUGAAAGGGGUACCGUGGUUGCUUGGAAAACAGCCGACUAUGGCUUCGUGAAGCGCGAGGGUCGUCACAACGACGACAUCCAGCUCCAUGUCGCGAACGCCAAGGGGGAGCGAUUCAAGAACUACAUCCGACGCAACGGCGUCGCGCCGGGCGUCAGGGUGAAGUUUGACGUCGACUUCGAGGAAAACAGAGGGAGGCCCUAUGCCGCCAACUGGGAGCUGGUUGAUCCGCCCAAGUUCUCCGAGAGCCCGAGUCGUAGCCGCGGACGCCGGAAGUCACCCAGCCCGCGAAGGAAGCGGUCUCCAAGCGUGAGAAAGCGGAGGUCGCCAAGCGUGAAGAGGAGGGGCUCUCCGAGUGUAAAGCGACCUCGCUCCUCACCGGGCCGCUCUCGAAGCCGUCGGAAGCGAUCGCGGAGCCGAAGUGAGCGGAAGCGGCGGAGCCGCAGCCGCAGCGACCGAAAGAGACCGAAGAGAGAUCGCUCCGGGAGUGAGAGGAAGAAGGCGAAGUCGAGGAGCAGAAGCCGAGAUAGGAGCGAGAAAAAACCUCGGAAAUCCGGCUCGGGAAGCCGAGAGAAAGAGAAGAAGGAGAAAGGCGAUGAGGAGAAGGGGAAAGCAUCUCGUAGCAGAGAUGCCGAAAAGGCAAAGGCAAAGAAGAGGAGCAGCAGCUAG